UGAGCAAUCAUGCCAGGGGAUUCCUUCCGACUGUCAGGUCUUCUCAUUUCCUCCUCUAGAUCUGCAAGAUAUUCUUCCAUACGAACUCCGCAGCAAGAUGCACGUGUUCCAUCUCCCUUGUCUUCAUCAUGGCAUCAUAGCAGCAAGGGUCUGCAUGAGCUCUCUAUAUCACGGUACCUGCAUGCUUGCGAAGCACAAGAGCCGCUGAAGCCCUGCUGAAAGACAACAAGUCGAACUGACACUUAAGCCACGCGACCAAAAACCGCUUUACCAACAAAUUCGCAUCCAGCCAAGAUGUCUUCCGGCGCCUCUGGCAGCGACGAGAAAAUCUCCGGGGCGAAGAUCCAGCCCCUCGACUCCGAAACCAAGUACAACCAGACCCACGACCUCUCCUCCCGCGGCGUGGCAGGCUCAGACCGCAACAUCGAUCAAAGCCGGAUCGAACCGACCGAAGGCAACCGGGGCCAGUAUCAGCACACCGCGCCUCAUGUGGACAGCCAUGGUGUUGUGGGGAGGGAUGAGGUGGUGAGUGGAGCCAAGAUUGACCCGCUUGUGGGUGAGGUAAAUGAGAGUACGAGGAAGGAACCGGGGUUGGGGGAUGAGGAGGUGGAUGCGGGGAGGAUUGCGCCGUUGGGGGAGGUCAGGGAGGAGAUGAGGUGA